AUGAAGCAAGAAGAGACAUUCCAGCAAGAAGAAAGGGAAGAUUUGUAUCACACAGAUGAUGAUGAGGAGGACGAAGAAAGCCAAGCCCUUAGCUCCGUUCCGUCCACUCCUUUAUCUCGAAACAACUCCAAUAACGAUGCCGUUUCAUGGCCUCGGAGUUAUCGUCAAUCUAUGGACUUGUUGACUGGAGUUACACCUCCUAUUACCACAAAUCUUGUCUCUUCAUUUCGCCAGAGGAGACAAAUCUCUGCUUGUGGUUCAUUUACUUCUUCCUCAAGCAAACAAUUACCUCUCAUCGACAAAGAGAAAGAUGAUACCCAAAACUCUCUAGUAACAUCCAUCAAAUCGUUUAUUGAUUCUCACCUCAAGCUCUCAGUCCCGGAGGAUCUUUCUUUUUCCCAAGAAAACCGCAAGAGCACUUUAUCCCAAUCCGUUUUAAACGGAGUCAAUGUUCUAUGUGGAGGAGCUUUACUUACAAUGCCUUAUGCAUUAAAAGAAGGAGGAUGGUUAGGGCUUCUCAUACUCUUCUCCUUUGGCAUGACCACUUUCUACACAGGGAUUCUCCUCAAGAGAUGCCUCCAGAAUUCACCUGGAAUCCUCACUUACCCUGACAUUGGUCAAGCUGCAUUCGGCAUCACUGGACGCAUCCUCCUCUCUAUAUUUCUCUACGCGGACUUAUACGCAACUAGUGUGGAAUACAUAAUCAUGAUGAGUGAUAAUUUGUCAGGGAUGUUUCCAAAUACCUCCUUAUACAUCACUGGAAUAUCUCUAAACUCUAAUCAAGUUUUCGCCAUUACCACCACUCUUAUCGUUCUUCCCACUGUUUGGCUUAGAGACCUUAGCUUAUUGUCCUAUAUCUCAGCUGGAGGGGUCUUUUCUUCAAUCUUGCUUGCACUCUGCCUCUUUUGGGUCGGAUCAGUAGGCGGAGUUGGAUUUCAACAUCAAGGACAAGUUCUUAAUUUAACUAACUUACCUGUCGCCAUAGGAAUCUAUGGGUUUGGUUUUGGGGGUCACGCUGUUUUCCCUAACAUUUACACAUCCAUGAAAGAGCCUUCCAAGUUUCCAGUGGUGCUUCUCAUGAGUUUUGGGUUCUGCACUCUGUUUUACAUUGCUAUAUCGGUUUGUGGAUACACGAUGUUUGGUGAGGCGAUACAAUCACAGUUCACUUUGAACAUGCCUCAACACUUCACCUCAUCUAAAAUCGCGAUUUGGACAGCAGUUAUUACGCCAAUGACAAAAUACCCAUUAACGCUCACUCCAGUCUUGCUAAGCCUAGAAGAACUCUUACCUUCUUCAUCAAGAAAGAUGAGAUCCAAAGGUGUCUCUAUUCUUAUCAGAACCAUCGUGGUUCUCUCUACUUUGGUCGUGGCACUCACAGUCCCCUUCUUCGCUACUGUCGCUGCUCUGAUCGGAUCUUUCGUCGCAAUGCUUAUUGCGGUAAUAUUCCCGUGUCUCUGUUAUCUAAAGAUUAUGAAGGGUAAAUUAACUAACUUUCAGAUUGGGAUUUGUAUUUUCAUCAUCAUCGUCGGCGUUGUGAGCGGUUGCUGCGGAACUUACUCUGCUAUCGUCAGAUUAAUCGGCGAAAUGAACUGACUGGUUUUGCGGGUAUAAGGAGUACAUUCUUUCUUGAGAAAAUUUCACACAAGUUUUAAAAAUAAAAAUAAAAGCUACUAGUUUUGUUUCACCCAAGUUUUAUUUUACAAUGUCGCAGCUUAAGGUAUUUAUGGAUUAUAUAAUAUAUAUUACGUUCGGG